UAAUGACAAAAAUAAGAAAGGAAGUGGUGCCGGGGGGUGGGGGCUGGGCGAGCGCAGAGCGAGGAAGCCCACCGUGAGGAAAACCUCAGCGAGGAAGAUCAGAGUGAAGUAGCCCCUGGGCCGGCCACCUCCUGCCCGGUCCCACCUGCCACCAUGGACCCUUCCCAGGAACCUGGUGUUGACUUCGCCUCCCCCCGGGGGGACGAGGGGGGACCCCAGGCAGGGGACGACGGUGACGUUGUCCCACCUGUGAUGUCACCCCGGGUCCCCCCCGCCAUUCCCAUGGCGGGACACCAGGAUGCAGGUGCCACCCCGGAGGAUGUGACGGGCCACCACGCAUCCCACCUCAACGAUGACACCUGGGGGUUUCUCUGCGACGAACCAGAGCCAGCAGAUCUGCUGGCAGGAGAUGAAGCUUCCGGGCAGGAUCAGGCCCCUGAAGCCCUCAGCAGACAUGAGGCCCCCGCAGUCCCAUCAGGAGAUGAGAUUGAGCUCCAGCAGAUCCCAGAUCACCACCACACCUCGGUGGAGAUGGAGAACUACCAGAAUGCCGGUGUCCAUCCAAAGGGAGCAUUGGGAAUGCGAGAGCAACUCCGGAGUCCAGGGAAGGUCCCAGGUCACGUCAGGAGAGCGGAGAUGACAACGCAGGGGAACCUCAACCGCCCAGAUAUCCAGGAGAUCAGAGAAGGCCCAGGACCUUCCAGCAGGGCAGGAGGUGACGACGCAGGGGACGCGCAACCUCCAAGAAUGCCAACCAGGAGCCAGCUGAAGUGGACCUGCGAGCCCAACCCUUAUCUCUUUGGUGGACAUCACCCCCCACAAGACAUGAUGACCCUGGAGUUUGUUGCUGUGCUGGCAGAACAUUCCAAACUCGAUGAACGAUCCAAGAUCUGCGUUGUCUUCUACAAACAGCCCGGCCACUGCGAAGAAUUCGCCAACAUGGAGAAAAGAGAGAAAGUGAUCGUGGGCAGCGCCAGGAUCCCCCUUUCUCGCCUGCAACAAGGCCUCAUCUUUUAUAAAUACGCCCUCAUUAACACCUACAGCCAAGAGAGAGAGUGUGAAUUAGAGCACAUUUCUCUGGAGAACUCCGACAUCCCGGAGACCUUCAAGUACAGAAACACUCAAUUCUAUCGUGUGGUGAAUGUACCCAAAACGGAGAUCAAAGCGGACGGAACGUGGACCUUCUUUGAACAGGUUGAAUGCAGUUUCCCCAACAGCAGCAGCAACACCUGGAAAACCUUGUCCCACCCAUUUUCCGGGAAGAAGGUGCCCAGGUGCAAGAUGCAGAUGGAGUACCUGGAAUGCAAUUUCUUUGGUUCCGCCACCUCCUGGAAUUCCGUGGACGAUAUAGAGAGAAAACUGGACAGGUACAAGGAGAGCACCAACAUCUCUGUUGGGGAUGCCGAGAAAGGAGAAUACUUUCAGAUACCCUGUACUUCGGAUGUGGAAGCGGUGGGAGACAAUAUCAGAGCCUUCAUAAAAGACAUCAUUGAGCGCCUGAAGACUGAGAAACGGAAACUUCUGAAGCUCCUGUUUGCCUUUCACAUCUCGAUUCGCUACAACAUUUCCCUCAGCCAGAAGUCCAUCGCCAAGGUUGAGAAGCACCUUGAGGACAUCAAGUUCUUUGAAAAAAAAUACAAAAAACUAAGAGGAAAAAGCAAAUACUUCCUGACUCUGAAGAAAGUGUGUCUCAUGAACACUGAUGGCACCUUGUGGAUCUGGCUGGUCCCGCUGCUCUACGCGAUCAAGGAGACGGAGAAGGACCCCUUUGUCCCAUGUGAACCUCCUCCAGAAGUCUUCAAAAAGCUGUGGAAUGAUGAAGACAAGCAAAGGAAAGUCCUGAGGAUGAUAGACACUCACAAGACCUUGAUUAAAAGAUGUUCUCCACUGGCAAAGAAGGUGAUGGAGAUGGUGGCCAUGAGGAACUUCACCAGGGACCCUUUGCCUGCCAUUCGCCUUCCACCCCAGCUGCUCUUGCAGACCUUGUACGAGCGCAUCCUGGACUUCAGUGCAGACUUGUCCCAAGUGCCUGAAGAGUCUUUGAACGUGGCUUUGGAAAGUGUCACCACUGGAAUGGUCUCCUGGUUCAAAGACUUGUGCCCGUUGGGGUCUUCAAAGCAGCCACUGAAGACCACAAAUGAGGACGAGAUCUUGCAGUGCCUGAAUUUCGUGUACGUCUUGCUGAAGCGUUUCUUGGUGGAACCAACGAAAUCAGUGUCAUUCAGCUCCAUGAUGAUAAUGCUGCAGCUACUGGGGAUGUUUGUGAGCAAAGAGGAUUUGCUCCAAGCCAACAAGGAAUUCCAGCAGUUUACUUCACCGGGAAUGUUUCAAGAUUUUUCACGUUUCACCAUGCCAUGGCUCGAGAGAUGCUUUCACAAGGCACCCACAGAGAAGAAAUCCUUCCUGAAGAAAGUUGAGAUGUGGCAGCAGCUGCUUUCAGUUGAGAUCCUCUGCACAGAGUGGACCAAGGAGUGGCGGAGCUUGAUCUGCAACAUGUUUGAGAAUUGGCUGAAGAAAGUUAAUGACAAACACCUCAUGGACUUCUGUGAGGCUUUCCUGAUGAUGGAGAAGAACUACCAUGCAGAGCUGGAGAGCUGCUUUACAAAUUACAUCAUCCAGUGGAUCAGAGCCCUUGAUAAAAGCAAGGAAUCCAUUCUAAAAUCCAGGAUACAUGUGUUCCUCAAGAUGAGCAAACCAUCUGCAGUGACAGUGCUUUCCGUUCUUGUGGAGAAAAUGUGUUGGGAGGUGAAUAGGCUGGGAAGCAUCAAAACCUUUGAUGAGAGCACUGGCCCCGUUCUUGCAAACCUGCUCAGCACUCCCGUGGUCUGCGAUCUCAUUUCUGCUGUCCAAGAAUCGAAGCGCAAGUUUCCAGUUCAGCUCAGUGACAGUGCGCAAGACCUCCUUUCCCAGGUGUACAAGCUCUCCAGCUUCGUGGGACACUGCGUUCUCUCUGGAGAUGUUCCCUGCAGUAUCCUCUCUAACAUCUUAGAGUAUGGGGAGCAGUUUAAGAAGAUCCUGUGCAUCUGUGAUUCCUCUUUCUCCCAGUGUAUAACAAAAGUGCUGGAGGUCAGGAAGCAGGAGUUUGAGCAACUGGAAGAGCUGAAGAAGCAAAGGUGCUCCUUUCUCCGCCUGUGCCGUGCCAUAGAGGACAUGAUAAAAGUGGAUAGAAGUACCGUGGAGAAAAGCAUCAUGGACAACGAGAGUUUUAAAGAUCAGAUGUCAGUGAAGAAGUUCUCCAUCGAUGGCAUGAGUCAAAUGGAACCGCAUGUCCUCGACAUUUAUAGCAACAUGAUGCAAAAACUUGACAUCGUGGAGAAAAGCCAAUGUUUCCGUAGGCUGUGGAAGAUGAGAGCAGAGCAAACCAAAGCCACCACACCUGAAGAUCACAUUUUCUCCAUAGAAGAUGUUCAAGAAAAAAUUUAUAAGCCAGCCAUUGCUGACCUUCAGAAAACCUACCUGUCCCUCAAAGACUUCUCCAUCACCCUCGGCACUGUGGAGAGCUCGUUCAAGAACCUGCUGGGAAAGAAGGAUCAACUCCUGGAGGAGUUUAAAAUCCUGGAGGACAGUGAAGGGCCAAGGAAUGGAAAAGCUGGCUGGAUGGCAGAUGCGGUGGAGAGGAUUGAAAACUACCUGACCCUCUCAAAAGUGGUCAACACUGCCAAGAUGAUCGAUGAUCUGCAGCAGAUGCUUCGGCUGGAGGGCGAUUUCCGGAUUCUCAGCGACCUGACGAAAUACGAAGAGCAGGAAUUCAAGAAUAAGCGCCUCGAUUUUAUGACCCAAGACUUGAUGAAGGUGAAAAACAGUUUGAGUGAAAUUCCCCAGGGAGUCUUGGACUUUUUGAGGGUACUUCUGGACUGUGCAAGGAAAGGUUUUACCUCCUGGAUCAAGACCAUAAUAAAAGACAAGACGGAAAUCCCCGUAUUUGUGGAUCUGGCAUCGAUUUCUGCUGGUGAAAACGACAUGGAUAUCGACAGAGUGAGGUUCUUCCGUGAUGCCAUGGCUGCUUCUGCCCCCAUUGUGUUAGACCUUAGUCCCACAGCCGGGUUCAAGGAAUUCUCUGAAGCUCUGUCUUUCAUCAGAGAAGCCAUCGUGAAAGACAAGAAUCUUCCCAAGAAGCUGAAAGAUUCCUGUGACAAUCGAGAAUGGAUACAGAUGGUUCAUGACUCUCAUGGCUCUGUGGAGCGUUCUUCGAUCUCUCAAGCCAGAAGCAUCAACAACAAUGGGAUUUUUACCAUCUCAGCACCUCUGAAAUUCAAGGCUACUCUCGAAGACUGUGUCUCAUUGCGACUGCUGAAUGACAGCGAGGAGAGCACAUCUCCAGCAGACCAGAAGGACAAGAAAUACAGUUUGUCUCAGCUGACGGAGCUCCAGAACAAGCUUAUGUUGAUUGCCACCAAGGUUGAGCAGGGCAGAGAGGAGGCAAACCGUUUCCUGGAGAUACUGGAAAAAGUUGAAACAAUUGGAAAGUUGUACCUGGAGCUUCUCAGCAUUGGCAAUAUCCUCUUCAUCAACUGGAAGGCUGAUAUCUACUGCAACCCCCAACAACAUGUGAAGGUCUACACAGAGUUUGGAAUUGCCGGAAUCCUUGUUCAGAGCACAAGACCCCUCCUGGAGGAGCUGGAUAGCCUCUCUAAAGUGAUGGAGCAUUGCCUGGUAGAGUGGAAGAAGUACCUGGAGACUCAAAGGGACACCUACUAUCACCUCAACCUGUUCACUGCACACCAGCUCUUCUAUUUAUGCAGCCAGCUGGCCCGAGCCCAGAAAGGCAUUGUAGAACCGCAGGUGCUCAUCAUGCUUUCCAUCAUCAAGCAUGACAUCAAUGAUGAAGAUAUCAAAAAAGCCCUGGAGGAUGCACUGAUGACUCCCCUGGACUCUGUGAAUGUGUCAGCAGGAGGCGAGGAAUCAGUUACCUGGAACGAUUACAUCAUUCGUUUUCCCCAGCUCAUCAAAAGCUUGGCCGAAUCGGGCUAUGAUGAGUCAGUGGCAAAGGCAGCCUUGCAGAGCUGCCUGUCCAACUCCCCCAUCACAGAGCAAAUGCUCAUGGAUUUCGCCUUUGAGCAAGGUGACGACAAGGAGGUGGUUGAAGAGCUCAGCAAGUUGUACGACGAGACGAGAGAAACCUUCCUGCAGAAGAGGCGGAAAUUCCAGACUGGCAGCAGAGAUGUCGACCAGGUUUCCUUCAGCACCCUGGCGCACGAUGAGUUGGCCACUGCCUUUGAGAGCUUGCCGUCUAUUUACGACAAGGUGAAUCUGCUCUGGGACGCCUACUGUAAGAAAUUCGCUGGCCUGGUGUCUGAUAAAUACAUAGGCUUGGAUGUUUUUGGGGAGACGCUGAAGCACUUGGCCGCUCUAGAAAGCACGCGUGUCGAGAGAAGUUUACCCGUAGGCUUUGAAGCGGGGAAACCACUUCUCAUCAUGUGUAAGGAAGAGGAAAUGUUACCCAACAUGUUAUUUGUCUACCGACACACUAAGAUGGCGCCUCUCCCAUCGUACGAUGAGGUCCUGGUGUGCACACCCAACACGGAGGAGGAGGAGGUGGAGCUGCUUGUCAGGAGAGCUCUUUUCCCAGGUUCCCAAGACCAGAAGAUCUACUGCUUGCUGGGUGCUGAUAGAUUAGUUUAUAAAGUUUCCAAACAACUCGAGUCCCACUUCUUCCGCCUGGUGCACUCUUCCAGCAUUCCUAACUACAGAUUCAUCAUCUUCUGCAAUGCCAAAGCUCACAAUUCCUAUGUUAUCACAGCCUUUGAUGCCUACAAGAUGACUUUCCCCUGCUACUCCAAGACAGAGAUCCAGACCUACCUGAAGAUGCACCUCAAAGUGCCGAGCGGGACAGCCCCAGUCGCUCAAGCUUUUGAAGAGCCCUAUCAGCAGAACGUGAAGUUCGUCUUUUCGGAGCGAGCGGGAAUGGGGAAGUCUCUCUUUGUGGACAAUACCAUCAGAAAGGUCCGUGCCCAGCUGGGUGGCACACUACCACUUCACAAAACCAUUAGGCUGAUGGAGUCGGAGAUCGAUUUCCAGUUCUUCGUGGAGGAGCUCUUCUCCAUCAAGGAAUCCUUGACUGAAAUUCAGCCCACCAUCUUCCACAUUGAUGUGUCUCCAGUGGUAUCGAAGGGUCUCUACCGGCUGCUGAUUGACCUGUGCAUCCUGCGGCACAUCCAGAGUCCUGACGGCUUAGUCUGGAAGUGCAAACCCUCUCAUCUUUACUUGAUCGAGUACCUGGUGAAAGGGAAAGGUGUUAGCACUACAAGGAAGCAAGAGAUGUCUGUUGAAAUGGAAGAAAAUUUUUUGGAUCUUUUUCCUACUGUGAAGUGUGUAUCACCACGGCGGGUGCUCAACUUGCUGGAAGAUCCCAGCUCUGUCCCUCCUGAGGGAUUGAGGGAGGAACAGUUUGACCGGGACAAGCUAAAUAGCGAAGUUUUCCAAAGGUCCUACCAAUACCUCAGCAGAUACAAACAGAAGGAAAACCUCGACCGUUUCACUUUUGUCCCUGGGAGGAUCGAAGGGACAGAGAAAGAAUGCCUGGCCUGCUUGAUGGAGUUCUGCCAGAGAAGCAACCCCUCCUGGACUGAGCUCAGCAACUUCACGCGCUUCUUGAAUUUCCAGCUAAAAAAGUGUGAGAAGUCGGUCUUCUGCAGUACAGUGGUCGGAGGGGAGUUCUCUGGCUUCAAAACAUUUGUCAUUAAAUUCAUGAUCGCCAUGUCCAAGGACUUUGCCAUGCCUUCCCUCAAUGUGUCCGACGAAAGUGUGCCAAGUGAGGAGUGGAAGGAGAUGGACAAUGUUUUGAGAGAGUACCAACUAAGACACAAGUGGGAACAACAGUCUCACCCUUAUAUAGUCUUCCACGCUGAGGAUGAUUCCAUGGAAUUUUUGGGUUUCCAUAUCAACCAGAACUUUGACGCUAUUGAUGCUUAUUCCGAGGCUGUUUUGGAGAGGGCGGUUAUGAGCAGGAAUUUAUACAGGACCUUGGCACUGCAAAAUGUCCCUUUCAAUAAGAAAUUUGAAACCUUAUCCAGAACCGAGCAGUUGGAGGCCCUCUGCAGAGUCUUUGGUGUGAAAUGCCAGGAAGAUCCAGAUGCUUCAUACCAGCUGACUCUGGACAACACCAUGAAGAUGUUGGCUAUUCACCUGCGGUUCCAGUGUGGCAUCCCCGUGAUCAUCAUGGGUGAAACUGGCUGUGGGAAGACGAAGCUGGUGCAGUUCAUGUGCAACCUGCAAAACGCAGGCAAGACCAUUCGGAAUAUGAUGGUGGUGCGUGUUCAUGGCGGCACCACCUCCAAGACCAUCCAGAAGAAGGUAAGGCAGGCCAUUGAGCUGGCACGCACCAAUGAAGAAGAGCACAACAUAGACACAGUGCUCUUCUUCGACGAAGCCAACACCUCGGAGGCCAUCUUCGCCAUCAAAGAAGUGCUGUGUGACCACAGCGUCAACGGAAAGCCGAUUUCCACUGGCCGCUUAAAAGUGGUGGCCGCUUGCAACCCUUACAAAAGACACAGCAAGGAGGCCAUUGAGAAACUGGAGAAAGCUGGCUUGGGAUACCGAGUCCGGAGUGAAGACACCCUGGAGAAGCUGGGUUACAUUCCUUUGCGGCAGUUGGUGUAUCGGGUGCAGCCCCUUCCUCCCAGUUUAUUACCUCUGGUCUGGGAUUUUGGGGAGCUGAACGAGAAGACGCAAAGCCUGUACAUCAGGGAGAUUGUGAAGUCCACCGUGGAGACCCAGAUCCCUGAGGGAAACCUGGAUGUCUUCACCAACGUCAUUUCAGCCUCCCAGAAGUUCCUGAGAGAGAGGAAGGACGAAUGCAGAGUCGCCAGCCUCCGGGAUAUAGACCGCUGCAUGAAAAUAGUGCUCUGGUUUUAUGAGUUGAGAGACCUGCUUUUCCAUGAGAUUGAUGAGAAGAGGCGGCAUGAGGAGGAAGAGGAGCCAACCUUAAAUGAUGCACAAAGGGCUUUGGUCCUUUCGGUGGGGGCCUGCUAUUACGUGUCUCUGGAGAGCCGCCAAGAGUACCUGGAGGAGAUUGCAAAAUGCUUCUCGGUCCCUGCGUCCUGGCUAAAGCAAGAGAUUGAGUUGUGCCAGGAGGUAUUUCUUGAUAACCUCUCCAUUCCUAAGGCCACAGCCUGCAACGAUGCUCUGAGGGAGAACAUCUUCAUGAUGGUUGUCUGUAUGGACCUCCGGGUGCCGCUCUUUCUGGUUGGCAAGCCGGGAAGCUCCAAAUCUCUAUCCAAAACCAUUGCUGUAGAUGCCAUGGAAGGUACAUUGUCCAGAAGCCCAUUGUUCAAAAGGUGCAAAGAGAUCCAGCUGGUCUCCUUCCAGUGCAGCCCCCACUCGAAACCAGAAGGUAUCAUCUUCACUUUCCGACAAUGCGCUCAGUUCCAGAAGGGCAAGAACCUGAAUGAGUUUGCAUCCGUGGUCCUGCUGGAUGAGAUCGGUCUUGCAGAAGACUCACCUGAUAUGCCGUUGAAGACGCUGCAUCCUCUUCUGGAAGAUGGCUGCGUUGAUGACGAGACGCCAGAGGCUUACAAAAAAGUUGGCUUUGUGGGCAUCUCCAACUGGGCCUUGGACCCUGCCAAAAUGAACAGGGGCCUCCUUGUCUUUCGGACCGAACCUAGUGAGAAAGAGCUGGUGAAGACUGCUGAAGGCAUCUGUGCUGACCAACCUCACCUUGAAAAAAUCAAGCAUUUGUUCCCCAUUCUGGCAAACUUCUACUGCAAUGUGCUGAAAAUGCAGAAAACAGAGUUUUUUGGGCUUCGUGACUUCUACAGCUUAAUCAAAAUGAUCGUGUCCUACACACAGAAUAUGAAGCGCGGUUCUCGAGAUGAGCUCCUCAUCAAGGCCAUCCAGAGAAACUUUGGAGGCUCCAGAGAUAUCCGUCCUCUGGAAAUCUUCCGUAACUGCACCAGUGAGCUACGUCUCAACUCUGCGGUGGAAACCAGCUGCAUCCGUCUGUUGGAGGAAAACAUGGACAAAGAGCAAGCGGCAUUCACAUCUCGUUAUCUCCUGUUGCUGACGACCAACAACGCUGCCUUUCAGAUCAUCCAGAUGACGCAUCUGAUAGACACCAGCAACUGUGACAUUAUAUUCGGCUCUGGUUUCCCACGGGACCAGGAUUAUUCCCAGGUGUGCCGCUCAGUGAACAGGGUGAAAAUUUGCAUGGAGAUAGGCAGGCCUGUUGUCCUCCUCAACAUACAGAACCUGUAUGAGAGCCUUUAUGAUGCUCUCAACCAAUGUGUCGUCAGCCUGGGGGGCAAUUACUACGUUGACCUGGGCCUUGGCACUCAUAGGGUGAAGAGCCGCGUGAAGGAGGAAUUCCGGCUGAUUGUUAUAGAGGAGAAGAAAGUGGUCUACACACAGUUCCCCACCCCUCUGCUGAGCCGUCUGGAGAAACAUUGCUUGGACAUGAACACUAUCCUCAACUGGCAACAGCAAGACCUGAAGCAGGACCUGGAAAGGUGGGCCAGUCGGUUUGUCUACAUUGAGAACCCUGAUUUGUUCAGGGUCUGGUCCCACACGCUCGCUCCCAAGGAACACGAUGUCUUCAUCGGCUUCAGCGAUGACACGUCCGCCACCAUCGCGCUGGAGUGCUCCCAACACACCCACUGGGGAGGCUAUGAACCCUAUGGAGAACAAAUCUUCUCCACUGCCACAAGCAAACUGGUGGAGUGUGCCACUCCUGAUGCCAUCCUACGCCUCAAGUACUCCGCUCUGAAGGAUGCUACGCAGAUCCAGGACCUGUAUUUCAUCCAGCAGAAGCACAACAGCCUGGCCAGCCUCUUGAGUGAGAUGAUGAACCAGCAGAAGAAGGAUGUGAGCACCAGCGGACUGUGCCUGCAGGUUUCUACUCACACCAGGCUACUAAACCAGAAGGAUUUAGAAGUGCUGAGGAAGACAUUCGGUCUGCCGGACACAAUCCACUGCCUUUUCCUAAGCCAGUUUGACACUGAACACGCUUUCCGCCAGGACCUCAGGAAUUUCUUCAGAGACCCACAAGAAGCAAGAUUGCUCCUUGUUCAGUUUCAUUUCGAUGAGCCACAGAGCAGCAAAAGACUGCUGGCAUGUGCCAAGUACUGCAUCACAGACGAGCGACGGAGGUCGGCCAGCCCCCAUCUGCUGCAUCUUGUGCUGAUCACUAAAGUCCCACGGGUGCUGGGGGGCUGCAGCUACCUGGCUUUUGACAGUGGCGAGUGGAAGUCCAUCCACUUGGAUGACCUGAUGCCCCCAGAGAACUUUAAGGCCAAUCUUGGCCAGCUCUCCAAAAUGACCAUUGCCGAGAUUUUCACCAGCAGCUCUCUGCAGCAACUCCCAACAGGUUCUCCGGAGGAUUCUGCUGCCCUGGGAAGACUCACCGAGGCGGGUCUUUACCCAGAGAAAAAUCCACAGUUUCUCAACGUGGACGCAAUGAUCAAAGGCAGCAUCCAGAAGGCUGUGAUCCAGCUGGAGGACAAAAAGGACAACAGCCAACGUCCAAUGGAGAGAAUCAAGAUCCUUCACAACUUGCUUUUCCAUGCUCAGAGCAGUGGUAAGAUUUCCAGUCACUUUAUGACCAUCCUGAAGAAGAGAAUUUGUUACCUCCUACAAGAACGAGAGAAACCCAUCCAAGAGCCAAGGGCAUGGAUUUUCCGCAGGGCGCUGUGUACUGAAUUCAUCCUGGAAGACACAUCAUUCAGGCAAGCGCUCUGGGUGCACCUGGAAGACAUUGUGGCGAAUGUCUUUGCCCAAAUUCUCGCCGUGGUGGAUGCCAACAACAACCUGGAUCAUGUCUCUCAAGGCUCUCCGCUGGCAGAACUGUGGCUCCAGAUGUUCCAAGAAGAAACAUUCCUAAAAAUUAAAUACACCUGGAAGGCGGCAGAUGCUAGGAUUCCUGUGUUAUCGAUGACGGAAGACCCCAACACCUCCCUCUUCUGCCAGUUCCCCUUCAGUUGGGUUUUGAAAGCCUACCUGGACGACAUAUGGGAGAAAGUCUAUCACAUGAAAGAUCAGCCUGAGAAGCCAACGGAGGAAGUGGCCAGGUUCUACCAAAGCUUCAUCAAGAACAUCUUGAUGCCAGAUGGCAGCCACCCAGACGUGCUACGCUAUUACGCCAAUGACUUUCUCAGGAUGGCUUUUCCCGGGCAAGAUCUCCCUGUCUAUGAGAUUCUCUCAAGGGUUUUCCUAGCCAGUGCAGAACAACUCUGCUCCUCCGUGGGCAGGGGGGAGAUGGGCUUCUCCCCAAUUUGGCUUCACAUGGAAUAUUUCUACCUCCAAGACGAUUAUCAGCUCUUUGUCGACAUAGCAAAAAGCAAUGACACUGUCAUCGGUGAGCUGCAGGCAAUGUAUGAGAAGAACCCCCCAGAGAUGUUUGUCACUCUUGACGCCUUGAACGUUCUCCUGAAGAAAGUGCAGCCCUCCGAAAAUGGACUUUUACCUUUUGAUGCCUGCGUGGCAUGGCUCAAAAGUGUCAAGUCCAUUAAGCCCUGGGUGGAGUGGAUCAGUCUGGACAACUACCAGCUUUGGUUCUACCAGAAGAAGAAGCAGCUCCUGGAGAACGUGUUACAUCGCUGGACCUGCACCAACAUUGUCUACAUGUUGAUUGACCACCUGCUGCACAACGAGACACAAAUAGAGGAGAAACUCCUGAGGCUUGUGGUGAAGCAGUUCAUCUUCCUCUGGAACCGCCUCUAUGCAACCCCAGGAUUUGAGCCGGAGAAGACUUUUGAUUUGGUGACAAAAGUGCUGAAGAAAUGCAAUGAGAAUGCCGAUGUUGUGUAUCUGGUGAAGGGUGUGAAGGAAUGCAAGAGCUGCCUGCGGGAGAUCACUGACCCGGCGGAGCUGCCCUGCGGCCACAUCUUCUGCACUGCCUGCAUCCUGGAGUGGGCAAACAAGCAGUGUAAGAUCUGCAAAGAGGAAUUCCCAGAGGAUUACAGACCCACAGCUUCAGAGGCCACGAGGGAAGCUGUUGCCUGUCACAACAAAUUCAGGAGGAAAUGCAAUUCCUUCUUCGUUGAGUUCAUCACCAUGUACUUUUUGGGAGACAGAGAGGCACCGUCUGCCAAAAUCAUUCAGCGACUGAUACAGUUUGUGGCUUGCAAACCCAACCCUGAGCAUCAGGCAGGGAAAAAGGUGUACAAGCCAAAAAGUGAGUUGUCACCCUUCGAAGAGUGCAUGGACAGCAGUCCUACCAUCCAGUCCUCCCUCCUGAAGCUGCUGCUGCGAUGCGGGUUCAACAACGUCAAGGUUCACUUGGAAGAAUACCUGUCCCAGAUGGAGGAAAAGAUACUAUCCAACCAAAGUCACGUGGACCACUUCUACUUCAUGGUGGUGCACUGUUUGGAGGAUUUUAUGUAUCCUUCUUCUGAAGAAGACGUCAGCCAGCUUGCUGAAAACUGCCUCUCCACCGCAGACCUGGCUGCUUUCUGCAAGCCCGAGGUCUCGAGGAUUAACACCCUCCAGUUCAUUGCCCAGCUCCGGCUCUCCAUCAGGCACGUGGCCACCGUGCUUGGCAGACGGAUGCUUUCCGCUGCAGAUCCCAAUGCGCCUGCCACAGAGGGGAAUGAGAAAGAGCAAGACCUGGUGAAUGCAAUGAAGAAGCUGGUGGUGCAGGCUCCAACUCCAUGGCCUCAGGUGUUCCUCAUCAGAAACCUCUGUGACAUCUAUGGGCUAGCCUCUAUGUGGAAGAUCCUCCAGGUGGAGAAGUGGAUUUUACCCCAAGGAGUAGAAAUUUCGCAGGAUAGAAGCACCUGGUCAAAUACAACACUGAUGUUUUCAGUGCUGGACAAAGCACAAAAGCAGCUAAAACCCAAAGAUUCCACUGAAAAUCAGAGCUUGACUUCUGUCAUGAGACAAAUGGAGAACAUCCUCCACUUGCCACCUAUCCCAGAUGAGCUGCUGGAAGACAAACUGAAGAAGAUCAUGGAUGCUUUGGGUGACAGUGAAGACCCAGGCCUGCUGGAGGUGGUCUUCCACACUGCGCUCAGUCUGGCCUUGUAUCCAGGCCACAUCACUCAGCUCCUCAAGAACAUCUGCUUCAAGCCUGAAGUGGUGAAGGGGUCUUACCUUCCCACCAUGCCUGGAGACCUGCUUUUUGAUGUGGAGAACUGGAAAAUUGGUGCAAGAGAGAAGAUUUGGACUUGUCAGUGUGGCUCGUACUGGAUUGUCACCGAUUGUGGACUUCCCAUGGAAGUGAAGAAAUGCAAGUGUGGUGCCACCGUUGGGGGAACCAACCACAAACCUGAGACAGGCUUCACGCAGAAGGAAAUCACCAAGGACAAAACGGAGAAAGGGUACAUCCUGGAGAGCCCUCUCUCACAGAGGAAUGAGCUGGAGAGGUGCCUGUCACCCGCCUGUGUCAGUCUUGCGAGAGCUCUGCUCCAUUCAUCCCUCCUUCUAGGGGUCCAUGCUGACAAAAAGGCAAUUCUAGACCUGAUGAAAGAGGAACCGGAGGAUGUGGAAGAGUUCUUCUGGGGCCACCUUCAGAAAGACAUGGCGUGCCUGGCAGAGGCGCUCAGCAGGAACACGGAGGAUGCUGUGUUGACUGUCCAUCUGUUUCUACAGCACCUGAGCAAUGACAACCCAGCAGACAAGAGUGUAGCCUUGAGCAUCCUGCAUGAGAAAAAGGACCGAGAAGAAUGGGAAACCUCUUUCAAAGCCCUGGCUCAGCCCUUCUUCCAGGAACUGGAGCAGAGCCUUAAUUCUGUCAAGGAGCAGAGGAUGAGUGAAGGUCCUCAUGGCUCCAGCCUUCUCCUGAAAAUAGCUUCUGGCCAGACACUACCUUUCCAAGACCUGCCGAGUCAGGGGUUGAUCAACCAGCCCUGCAUGUGGAGAUUUGAACAGAAGACGACCAUCCAGACCUUGAUGCAUUUCCUACAGCAGGAAGUUGGAGAGGGCACUGGAAACCCGUACCCCAUUCUACUGGAACUCCUGUCAAAGCUUGAGAACAUCCAACAUGUCCGACACCUGCCCGACAUUUUCCGUCUGCAGAAUGCCCUGAUCCACUUCUUCCAAAGCAGCCAUAAAGGGGAAGACUACACAGUCCGGCAAUUCCUGGACCAGCCUGAACUUUCAGAGGACCAGCGUUUGGCUUUCAGCAGAGCUAUAGAGACCAUACGGAAAGUUUGGAGCAAUAUUAAAAUGAACCCAUCCAGCUCAGGCAUCACCAUCCUGCUGGACCUCUCGCCGAACAACAUCAACACCAACACCGCUGUCCUUCAUCUCCUCCCCACCCAACCAUCUAUCAGCCAUCUGGUGACCACGUUCCUCAUCCAGCUGCAAAACAGCUGCAUUGACACAGCCGCGCGGGUGACCAGGGAGAGGCAACGAUCCAUCUCCGCAGAAGAGGUGAAGCCCUCCUCGGUACUGGCCAUAACCAAGAGUGAUCUGGUAACCAUGGCGCUCGCCAACUUGCAGUACGAGAUAGAUGAAGAUGGCACCAAGACAACCUACUUUGACUUCCAAAUGCUGCAGCGGCAAGUGGUUCAUCGCUUCAUCAGCGGAAAGCCCAUCAUCAAGGCUCAGACGGCUCCAUCCAUCGCCCUCAACAAUGUUAGGACCCUCCAGGCCACCAAGAUGAAAGUCAGGAACCAGCUGUUCCAGGAGCCGCUCAGUGUCAACCAGCAGAAGCGCAUCAUGGAAGAGGCCCGCUCAGUCAAUGCCCUCUCCAAGGCCCUGGCCACCCUGAAGGUGGCUGCUGAAUUCCUGGCAGUGACAGGUGGUGACCCGGAGCGCCUGCUGUCCGAGUACGUCCAGCAGGACCUAAGGAUGGAUGCUGAUGCAAAACAAUUCCACGACGUGCCGGUGGUGCCCAACACUCGUCUGAAGCACCUCCUGUCACUGUGGCAGGUCCUGGCAGCUCGCAGGUCCAUGCUGUUGGUACAAAUGAACCAGGAUCCCUUCUGCCUGGUACCCAGGCAGUUCCAAGAAGAGCUGGAUGCAAGGGAAGCAAAAGCCCUGGCCUCUGCACUGUCCAACACCAACCUCGACAUCUUCCUCCUUGAGCUUCACGAGAUGAUUAUGGUGGCACUGUCCAGAUUUGAGCCUGAAUAUGAGCUGAAGGACGCCUUUAAAUUCUUCCUGGAAGACAACCAAGUCCCUGCCACCUCUGUGGCCACCAUCACAGAUGCCCUGGACCCAGACAUUCCUGUCAAGAACAUCCUCUCCGUCUGGAGGACGGCUGCGAAGACCAGCAAGAUCAAUGUCCCUGCCCACAGCCAGGAGAGGCCAGCCCAAGGCAGACAUUAGCCCCCUUCUCACAAUGACCCUGCUGGUGGCUUGUCCCCAUGGUCACAGAAGAAACAUCUGUCCCCUAAUCCCAGCUCUCCUGGAGCAGCUUGAGCCGCUGAACCCCACAAAUCCUGCUCUCCCACUGCCUGAACUUGGGUGAGAAGCUCUCACCUGGACCCACCACUGCCCCCAUGAGAACCCCGAGCAUCCCCUCCCCACCAACCCUGCCAAACCACAGCAGGAACCUGGAAAAUAUCCCUGUGGACACAUUCCCAACACCACUAUCUCUGUCCUCAGAUGGCCAGCUCUGCCCCCUGGCAGCCCCAGUGGUGUGCGAGGUGAUGGAGCCCCUCUACCUCCCCAGUGCUGGCCAAGGGGUGCUUCUAUGUGUCCUGUGCCCAUCGUUGGUGGCCUUCAUCCUGCCUUGUCCCUCCUGUCCCUUCCCGCAUCAUUAAACGCUCAA